AUGAUCUCCCAAUCCCCAUGCUCAUUGAUAGAUUCUGUCAAAGCCUCUGUCCAGAGCCCAUCUGCUUGCACGAACGAUACCGUCGCGUUGCUUCGACAGCUUCUCUCCGCCGUCAAUGACGAACGAAAACCAGUGGAACGCAGAGGUACAAGAACCGCCAAAACGACAUCUACCGGCCAAAGAGGCAAUAAAAGCUCCCGCGCUACCAGAAAAGUAUCAAUUUUUCAAAACGAAAAUCCUUCUACAGCUCCAUUACUACCUAAACAGCACAAGAUUGUUUUGGCCACUGAUAUAUUCAAUAUCUCAUCCAAAACUAUAUCCGAGCACAUAAAGCUACAAUCCUCUCGGCCUCUCCCUGCGAGUAAGAACGAAAAUAGAGCACCAAAAAUCUCUCUUUCACCCAAAAAACCCUUACAACCGAGUUCCCCGAAUCGCGCGAUACGAUCACCGAACAAGGUCAAAGGAAGAUCGGAACGGGCUGACCAAACACAAAGCACGGUUAGCAAUAUAAACAGUGUUGCAGAGUCCGCUGUUUUUGCUCUAUCAAGUCUUCGGACUUUAAAGUCUAGUGAAAAUGGGGCGCCAGGGUUUCAUGUUCAAUUGGAGCAAGGCCUCUGUAUACUCAUCGGAAAGCUCUUUGCAGUAGGGCUGAAGGAUAGCGCCAUUAAAGAACUACAAGAGUUAAAAAUGAGAAUACGUCAACACCUUAAUGGUCACAACACGACAAAGAGAUCAACUAAAUUAGUUACCGACGCGGCGGUUGAAAAAGGGAUUGAGAAACUGGAAAACCUUCUUGGCUGUAUUUCCAGCAUACCGAAUGACGGUUCUAUGCUUCAUUUACUUAUAUCUUUUCAAAACCUGGCUCUCAGAGCGGUGCUAGUUGAAGGAGAACCCGGCGUUGUUCAAAAGAUGACGGAUCAUCUUUUGCUUUCCAACCCUUGCAGCCCCCCAAAUCUUCUGCUCGCAGCAUAUAAAGCUGGAUUCUUGUCGGCAGAUAAAGCUGCGCAGCAGCUACAAUCCCUUUCUAGUACGAUCUUAUCGCUUGCUGCUCUAACGAUAUCCUCUGGAGAAGUCAAGACAAACAAGACUCGCACGAAGCCUACUACUACCUUACUGCUGCAGAUCCUUUCGCUUGAAAUAAAAUCUCUCUGGUGGAAAAUAGCUGGUCACAAAUAUGACGCUGAUAGGGAGCUUUGGGACCCUCUUUCUCGGUAUUUCUCUGCAUUUACGCGACGAUGUCAAGUUAUUAAAAGCAGUGACUUUGAAUGUCUCAAGCAAGCAUUCUUGCGACUGAAGACAGGUCUGAGGCUUAGUGGACAUGAAACCUGCGUUCAGAAUGUUAAAUCCGCGUCCGUAUCUUCGGUCUUGAAGGCGUUGGGCCAAAUGGCUUACACGGCAGGCAGACUGUCCGAGGCAGUGGAAUUUUGCAAAGCUUCUGCUACAUGUCUUACUACCUCUAAUCCAUUGCAACUAGCUAUCUGUCGAUGCAAAAUUGCUUUUGUUACAAUUGAAUUUUUAAGCAGCUCGCUUGCUGCAAAUGUAACGGAAAUCGACACAGCCAUCAAUGAAGCAGCGAGGAGCUUGAGUGAAUCGCUCAAGGGAAAUUUAAUUGAUUUGGAUGAAUUACUUGUCGAAGCUGCAAAGCUAAAAAAGGUGAUAUUGAAAAUAACCAAUGACCUGGCAAGCGCUAUACCAUUCCCAGCCAAAGAGGGCACUGAGUCCACUUAUAUAUGGCUUAGUAUCAUCCAAUAUUUAAUAAGCUUUGUCCGCUUUCUCGCUCGAUACUUGGGACCUACGUUAUCACCCGAUACAGACAUCGAUUCUAAGAACAUGCUGUUACAGCGACUUUCCACAUGUCGGAACAUCUCACUGGCAGCUAUUGAUUCCAGUGUUGCUUUAGCCAGGCUAUCGUUAAAUAAGGACACACCUCCGUGGCAUAUGAUUGAGCCCCUUUUAACUGAUUGUUUCACUUUCCUCAGCAAAUCACCACUUGAUUUCAGCCUUGAGGACCAAAAGUCCGGGUGUGCAUCAUCUGGCCUACUGAGAUUGUCCAAUCUAUAUUGGUCAAGGUAUACUGCCCAGAAAGAGGCUGGGAAGGCAUCUUUUGAGCUGGUUCCUCUUCUCGAAUCGUCAAUAAAUAUCCUGGGCCAUUGUGUACAAGCCGACCAGAUUUCAGGGUUUAUCGCCAUCAAAUUGGAAAGGCUUGCCAGUAUCUAUUCCGAAAUAGGGCAUGAAGCAAAGGCGGAACUCAAUUAUUCCUCCUCAAUUCGCGCUCAUAUAAAACUUGGUACCCUUGAGGUGGCUCGUCAACUUGCGGCACGAUAUCCUCCGCGCGUCAUCUGGAAAAAGCCUGAUAGCCCAACAUUCGCCUUGGGCCGUGUGCUCAAUAGUUACAUCAAGGCAAGGUUGAAACAGGUACGGAAAACAUCGAAACUUAUAUAUGACGAUGAUACUCUAGAUGUGGAAAGUAGGGGAACCCUACUUGAACGUCAAAUAGCCAUUUUAACAGAAGUCAUUACUGUUAACCCAUCGGAUAUGCUAUCAAAGUGUUUUAUAUUUACAACAAACCAGCUUCUUUUGUUAUACGAUUUUUCAUUGUACCCGUUACGAAGAACCAGACUUGUUCUCUCUUCCAUGCAAGUACUCUUGGAUUCUGGCCUUGAUUUUGAAGAUUCUUUUCGAUAUCAACUUAGGAGGGAAGCGGAAUUUUGCCUUUCACAGCCUCCAGAACUUUCCCAAGACAUCGCUUUGUUUGCUUAUCAAGAGGAUUUGAUGACCGCACUCCGAUUAAAUCUUGGGUUCUCCCGCUGUGAUCUAACAACAGAUAAUUUGCAGUUUGUUGUUCAGACAUGGUCAAAAAUGUCACGGGAUUGGGCAACAUGGGAAUCAUUGGAGUCCAAGGUUUCCGAACCACAAACCUGGAUUGCCCAACUCUGGGCUGUUGCUGACUAUCUGGAGGUUCAUGCGCACUGGACACUUCGGAUAACAGUUCUAUCAUUGUUGAAGCAUGUUUUAGAGCUGGAGGAAAAGCAGGAUUUGUCUUCACUCAUAACGUCCUCAUAUAUGAUGAGCAUACAGUUCCUUCGUCUUGGAUUUGCCGAAAGAGCUGGUGAAAUACUCAAGGGCGCAAAGUACCUGACCGAGCGUCAAAAUGUUUGCCCAUCUGUUUUAGUAUCCUGGCAUCUUGCAUAUGCGGAGUAUUUUGCGGAAAUGGGAUUUCUGGAUGAAAGCCUGGAGUGUAUUCAAAACGCUGAGAUGGUGUUCGAAUCCGUGAAUAACAAUAUAUCUAAAGAUUCUCCACGGAUCCGUUGCUUGGUAGAUAGGAUGGGGGUCGAUGGGGCUCUGUUACUAUCAAAGAUAUCAUUCAGCCAAGGAAAAAUGCAUGAUACAGUCUUCUACGCGAAAACUGCAGUGAAGCUCGGAAGCAGGCUAUGGGCGCGACUGGAGAAGCAUGGAAAUUUCAAAAUUGCCAAUAAGAGUGUCGAGGAUCCGGAGCUGAACCCCCUAACCGAAAAGCUUGCUGCAAUUAAAUUGUCGCCUGGGUGCGAGUCCAAAAUUCAAACCCAUCACUUCGGAUCCAUUUAUUGGCCGCACUUCUCGUCGCAUUGCUUUGCAUUACGCCAGCUAGCCCAAGUUUCAGCCCACAUUGGCCUUUGCCAAGAUGCAAUAUACUAUGCUGAACAAGCACUGGAAGUGGCUAAUGCUUUGGGAGCUACCAACACAGCGACAUUUAUAAAGGCAGAGCUGGGUGAUUACUAUGUACGGAGUAACCAAGUGGAAAAGGGACACCGCUUCCUAGAGGAGGCAGAUACAGAGUCAUCUUCAUUAGAACUGACAAUUCAUUACGUCGCACUACGAUAUCAUGUCUCGAAGAUUUAUCAAUCUCGCGGCGAAAAUGAAGCUCAACUUGAAAAGCUUCAUUUCUGUCCGCAGGCCUUGGUACAGGUAAUACAAAAAGCAGUUGAGAUACUACCGUCUAAUAAUGAUGUUAUCAGACUCCAGAAAAAAAUUAGCAAGUUAGCAGUAAGUGAUACAAAGCCUCGACCUCAUCGACAAACAAAACGCCCACAAAAGUCUGGAAAUACUUCAAAACCCACAGAUACAGUGCUGAAUUCGCAGUCAUGUCAGAUGGUAUCAAAUAAUUUAUUGCCAUGUUUAAUCUCACGACUUCGAGGUACUCUGAUUCGUCGCAAGGCUUCUGCUCUCAUUUCUCAUCAAAAAACUCGAGAUGCCAUGGCACUUCUUGAUGAAGCUAAAACCCUCACUGAACUUAAGACUGAACACGUUAUGCAGGAUCUUUGCAGAGCCAAUGCUCUAUUGAGUGAAACUAUCAAUAAACUUGCUAAUCAUGGGGUCUACUGCGUGAUCCCUGAGUCUUGUAUCGCCCUUCCUUCCAUUCAAAAAUUUGAAGGCAGUCAACGUGCUAAAGCAGGUGCUACACGCUCUUUAAAAGCUUCCAAAAGAAAUACAAAGCCAGUCCUAUCGAAUUCGAAGAAGAGCCAACUUGAAGAAGAUUUUACUCAGCUCCUAUCGACCGCUAAGACUUGUCUCGAUUCCGUCUUUCCAUCAAUCGUGACCCAUGGAUCCACAAAAGAUAUUCAUUUAUCUGCGUAUUUAUCAAGCAAAUUGGCAGCUUUAUCUUAUGCGACUUUAAAUAGCAACGCUACCAUAAACCUUAAUGAUACAGUAAAGCUAAGAGAAAUUGGGAGAAGUUUAGCAUUUAUACGAGAGAAUAAUACAAUCAUAGCGGAUAAACAACUGGCGCUAGCAACAAUUCCCCGAAAAUGGCCUCCUGUCCCCGAUGCGACAGAAAAUCUGGAGUCUCUUUUAUAUUUAGACUUUCAGACUCAAUAUCUCAAUAUUUUGCCUGAAAAUUGGGACGUUAUAUCGAUAAGCCUAAGUGAUGACCGUAAUGAGUUUGUGAUUUCGAAACUUCGCGCACACCAAGAACCGUUCAUGUUACACAUACCUCUCAAACGCAGUGAUUCAGAAGACGAUGGAGAACAAACCUUUUCAUUCGAUGAUGGCAAGAAUGAGCUAUUAGAAAUUUUACAACUGGCUAAUCAAAGCGCGCAUGAUGCGAGUGCUCAGGCAGAUAAGAAAGGCAAAAAGGAAUGGUGGGCUAAACGCGAAGCUCUAGAUACUCGUUUGAAAGACCUCCUUUACAAUAUCGAAAAUGUCUGGUUUGGAGGUUUCCGAGGUAUAUUUUCACAAAAAUUGGCGAAUCAAGUGUUGCUUGACCGAUUUACCCAGUCAUUCGAGAAGACCCUAGACAAGCAUUUACCAUCUAGGCGUGGUAAGCAAGGGAAGGCAAAGAGCCUGGGCUUUCACCUGGAUUGCAAUAUAAUGGAACUUUUCGUCAAUAUCGAGAGAUUAGCGGACGAAGAUGAUCCGGAGAACUCGAUAAUGGAUCUGUUAUACUUUGUUAUCGACGCCUUGCAGUUCCAAGGAGAACGGAACGCGUACGAUGAAAUCGACUUUGACAUGAUGGUCGUUGAAACGCUGGAUGCUUUGCGUAGUUACACGGAAGCAGAAAUGAGGGAUGAGGAUACACCGAAUGAAUCUCACACAAUUCUGAUUCUAGAUAAGGUACUACACCUUUUUCCAUGGGAGUCACUGGAUUGCCUUAGCGGCCGUUCCGUGUCUCGGAUGCCGUCAUUCCAUUGUUUGCGUGAACGAAUCCUCGAGAUGAGAAUGCAGGAAGGCGGUCCCUCUUCACCACAUGGGAUUGAGAUCGAUAAAAAAAAUGGAGCGUAUAUUCUAAAUCCCACUGGCGAUCUCAAAUCAACACAGGAUACCUUUAACGUCCCCUUAUCUCAACUAGAUGGAUGGACCAAACUCUCUCAAAAAGAGCCUAGUGAAGAGGAAUUCAGACGGAUGUUAGAAUCCAAGCACCUUCUUUUAUACUUUGGCCAUGGAAGCGGCGCUCAAUAUAUCCGCGGCCGAACAAUCCGAAGACUAAAGCGAUGUGCUGUCACCUUUUUGAUGGGAUGCAGUAGCGGAUCGAUGACUGAAGCCGGAGAAUUCGAGCCUUAUGGCACGCCAUGGAAUUAUGUCCAUGCUGGCUCUCCCGCUUUAGUUGCCACACUGUGGGACGUCACUGAUAAGGAUAUUGAUCGGUUUGCGAAGAAUGUUCUAGACCAAUGGGGUUUGUUCAGGGCCGGUGGAGGAAAGAGAGGGGGCGGCUCUUCAUCUAGGAGUUCAGCUAAAAGGUGUGAUGGCAAUAUAGAACAGGGAGUUCGGGACUCAAUUGGCCUCGACACUGCCAUAGCGCGGUCCCGGGAUGCUUGUAUUUUGAAAUAUUUGAACGGUGCGGCGCCGGUUGUGUAUGGCGUUCCAGUGUUCUUGGCUUAA